CAUCGAAUGAGCCCAAAAAGAGAACAGCUCUGUUCUAGUUUUCUGUCUUCGCGACUGGCUUGAUGAGAGAUGUUCUUUUUCGAAGAAAAUAAUUUGCACACGACGUUUUUUCAAUUCCCAUACAUCGGUCACCGAGGGAUCAAUGUUUCUGUUGAAAAUGUUGUUGAGAGACCACUGGCAUCUAUAAUUGUCGAGCGACUUUUUCCGCAGCGUGUUCUGUUUUUGAGUGCACAGCAGAGUUUCUGUCUGACCGUCUAAUACCUAUUGCUAUUGUGCUAAAGAAUGAGUUUUACUUCUCUGUCUCUAAAACGAAUUUUUCAGGCACCUCGCUUCCCUAUUCGUUCCUUAUAUGGUGAUACUUAGUGAUACGCAAAGACGCGCCUCUUGUCCAUUCUUUCCCCAGCUUACCAAUAUCUAGUGAAAAUUCUAAUGAUUUCUUCCUACAACUGAUUCCUUUUUUCCCUAUUUCACAUAAACACAUCAACGCAAUUUCUUUUGUUCACGACAAUAUCAUCUUCAAAUGCGCACUGAUUUUCUUCACACCCAUCUUUUCUAACGUUGACUACAAAAUGAUGCAGCAACCUACUACUUCGCUUGCUUCUUCUCCUAUGGAGGACCUUGGCUGCGGUGGCGACUUCUCAGAGUUAGUUCUACUCGAUGCCGUUCCGAUAUUCCAGAAGCGAGUACCUCCAAGUGUGGGAUACUCAAAGUACUGGAAUUUUGUUAUUGUCCUUGAAUCCAGUCCACUAUACCGGUUCAUUGUUUUUUGACUGGAAUUUUGUUAUUGUCCUUGAAUCCAGUCCUCUAUACUGGUCAUUGAAUCCAGUUUCUUUCUGUUGUUAAAAAAUUGAAUCCAGUCGACUGUGCUGGUUCAUUGUUUUUAUCUCAGUCUUGCUGAUCUCAAAACUUUCCAUUAAAAUGAUUUUCUCUCAGGCACCACCGCGCCUGGAUGUCACGCUACGAAGACCCGGAGACUGGCUUGAGAGACUCGCACGCUUUCCGCGGAGAGAAAGCUCAGCACAAUGCCAGAGAGCACAGAACAAAGGCCUUUUUGGAAAAUCGGCAUUUCAGUCUUUCGAACGGAACGAACGCUUCCGACCGAAGUAGCCAGCACACGUACGACAAGCAAAAGCUCCAAGCAGUGUACCAGAGAAUUUAUUCUGACAGAGCUUCGAGGAAGAGGGAGAUGACGCGCUCGUCCUUUGGUGGGUUCUUUGGACAUCAAAGUGGAGCAUCGUUCUCGCCAAAAGGUGGAGCAACUACAACUACCCAGAUGACACCACGUAACGCUUUUGUGGGUACGCUCACGGUUGGGGCUGGUGGGUUCUCUUCUCCUGCAAGCCCUAUGAACAGAGGUACAGCUGCUUCAGCGGGAUCACCUAUGAACAAAACAGUUACAGGUCGUGCUGGAGGUGGUUCCCCUAUGGGUAUGGCUAUGAACAACACUAUGGCUUCUAUGAGCCAAACUCAUAUGGCCUCAUCCAGCAGAUCGUUUGAGGAAUUUGGGAGUACGAAUGACGACGCCUUUUUCCGAGAAACUAUGCAGUUGCGGCAGCAAGAAGAGCGACUAGCACGCGCAGUAAGGACUGCUUUGCCAGCACAAAGCGUUUUACCGUUUUCUCUGGCGGAUGAUAGAGCAACAAGACAAGUUUGUGGGAGCGUCUCGCCGAAAAGUCGGAUGAGAGGUAUUAAUGGUGAUCAAUUAUCGCCUGUAUCCGCUGGAGGUGGUUCUCCGAAAAAUCUGCAGUAUCCAAACGAAGGACAUGGUAAUAUGCGUGCUUUCGCGUCUGGAGGUUUCGGCACUACAGGCGUGUUCUCAGCCGGCAUGAAUAACGUGGAGGGCCAUAACAUAGAUGACGUAGCAGGCGAUGACGUUGUAGAGAUGCAGAUGAGGGAGACAAGACGGCAAUUAUCUGUCUUGCGGGCUAUGGAAAGAUCGGAGUUGAAUCCGGGGCAAGAGUUGCCGAAGUUGCGAACGGGAGACGCUGCUGGAGAAGUUGACGCCACACAAGAUGUCUUCCCGCCAAAGGAAAUGAAGUCUUCACUAACUGCGGGAGUGACUCAACCUGCACAACAAGCUGGCUCUAAACAAGAAGGUAAAGAUGGAGCAGAAGCCCAAGAUGAUGACGAAGAAGAGCCAGAAGACUAUAGCAUACGGCAGAUGCGAAAAGUACGACCAUUGUUGCUGUCCUCCUCACCUUCGGGAAGAGAUGCGAGUAAGACUGCUGCAAAAAAUGCUACAUUGAAAUCGCCUCUGGGCGAAUCCCUGUCCCCCAAAAUCCAUAUCAGCGGACACAAAUACUCACCAGCAGUGUCGCCGACGACUGGGAAAGUCUCCGGUCGGUUGGUGGAUUCUAUGCGAGCAUGAAAUGGAGUCGUAGCUGUUGUUACAAACACUUGUUGACAAUUCUGAUUGCGCUUUCAAAAAGUGCAUGAUAUCAAAUAUUGAGUGAAAAUUAAUGAACAAUAUCGAGGUUGUUGUAUUAAUGUCUAAGACGUAGACGUCGAAUAUUAUUGAGGUUAUUGAUAUCUAAAGAGCACAGAACAACUGGCAGUGGACUUACACUGCGUCAUAUUGAAAAUUGAACCCUUCUAAAAAUGCACACUUCAAUGCGCAAAUGAUGUUUUUCGUAGCGCACCAAUUUCUACCUCGAAGUAAAUGCUGAACCACCA